CAUUGUGUGCGUAAUCGGCAGGGACCAAGGCACCCGUGUGUUGCUGGAUGGUGGACGUUGUCAAACCCUGAAAGUGCGCCUAUUUAGUUCUAGUUUUGCAUCGAGUCAGAGAAAGGACUUCCUGUGCCUCGCAGCGCUCAUCGUAUUCGGUGUUCCUGCUAUUGGAGUUGGAGUGAGUUAGCAACUGAUCGUGGACCCGAUGACUGAUCCAGUGACUGUCCAAACCAUCAUCGACAACAUCACUCUUCCGCGAACCUGACUGUCCAGGGUCCUAUUUUGUCCGGUUAACGAUGAACACAUGGCUACUGUUACAUCUGCAGAUUUUAACAUAUGUUGGUGUGCUGGGAGAACCGGGGUUUGCCCAACUUGAUGGCGCACCACCAUCCAGUAUCGCUGUUAUUGGGGCAGGAAUUGGGGGCACUGCGACUGCUCAUUUCUUGAGGCAACACUUUGGGCCUGAGGUGCGCAUUGAUGUCUUUGAGAAAGGAACUGUCGGAGGUCGUCUGGCGACAGUCACAGUUAACCACAACGACUAUGAGUCAGGUGGAUCCAUCAUCCACUCUCUAAACCUGCACAUGCAAGACUUCGUCAAACAACUUGGACUGAAGUACAGGAAGAAUGUUGCUGGGAAAACAGCUGUGUUCAACGGCGAGGAGUUCAUACUGGAGGAGACUGACUGGUACCUCCUGGACCUGUUCCGCCUGUGGUGGCGCUACGGCAUCAGCUUCAUACGCUUGCAGAUGUGGGUGGAGGAGAUCAUGGAGAAGUUCAUGAGGAUCUAUAAGUACCAGGCGCAUGGCUAUGCCUUCAGCUCGGUAGAGGAGCUGCUGAGUUCUCUGGGAGGCUCGGGUUUCCUGAACAUGACGCGGCGGCCCCUGUCCGAGUCCCUGCUGGAGCUCGGCGUCUCCCAGCGCUUCAUCGACGAGGUCAUCGCCCCCAUCAUGAGGGUCAACUACGGACAGAACAGCAGCAUCCCUGCAUUCGUGGGAGCUGUGUCUCUUGCCGGGGCCCAGGCUAGCCUGUGGGCAGUGGAGGGGGGCAAUAAGCUGGUCUGCUCGGGGCUGCUGAAGCUGGCCAGAGCCAAUCUCAUCCAGGCACAGGUCAAUGCCAUCUCCCCCCAGGCUGCAGGAGAGUCAAUCCAGUAUCGCCUCAGCUACAGCACCCAGACGGAGAAGCGCGAGGAUCUGUACGACAUUGUGGUGGUGGCCACGCCGCUGCAGCCUAGCGUGGGCUCUGGCAUCUCCUUCCAAGGCUUCGAGUCCGAGUCCGAGCCGGUCUCCGAGUCCGAGUCCGACUCCCAGCAGCAGCAGCAGCCCCCUCCCUCCAUCGCAGGCACCUACCACCACACCGUGGCCUCCAUCGUCCACGGCUACCUCAACUGCUCCUACUUCGGCUACCCGGACCCCAAGCUCUUCCCCUUCGCCAGCAUCCUCACCACCGACACACCGGAGCUGUUCUUCAACAGCGUGGCCAACGUGUGCCCCGUCAACAUCACGACCGGGUUCCGCCGCAAGCCGCCCCAGGAGGCUGGCGUCUACAAGGUGUUCUCCCAAGAGCCCCUGGGCAAGAAGGAACUGAAGACGCUCUUCAAGUCCUACUACUCGGUGCAGGUGACGGACUGGCAGGCCUACCCGCACUACUGGAGCACUGAGGAGCUGCCUCCCGUCGUCCUGCACGACGGCCUCUACUACCUCAACGGCAUUGAGUGGGCCGGCAGCGCCAUGGAGAUGAGCUCCGUGGCGGCCAAGAACAUCGCCCUGCUGGCGUACCACCGCUGGAGUCGCCAGGCCGAGAUGGUGGACCAGAAGGACCUCAUGCACAAGAUCAAAACUGAGUUGUAAUCAGUGAAAAAGACUUGUUUUUCCUCAUCAGCUGGACAUUUGAAAUUGAUAGUUGGACAUGACUGCUCAUUUACAAAUGCUAGAUCUACUAAAACCACAAUGAUGUGUGGGCAUGAUGGCACUGUUAAAAUCAUUGACACUUAAUCGCACAGGAAGCCAGCCUUUGGCUUUAUCGCUUGUUUGUGUGUCAUAGUAUUUAUUUCCAUUUAUUUAUUAAUACAUAAGAGCUCUCUGAAAAUAUGACACUUUUUUCAGAGGUGUCUCAGAUGCUGCUGGGCUGCUUGUUUUGUUUUAGAUUGAUUCUACACUGUAAAUUAAUAAAACAAUGCUAGAUUUUGUCAUUA